GUCUGAUCCACUACUAUUUCGUCAUACCUAUUCUUGAAUGGUUCUCGCUAAGCAUCGAGGCCAUGCCGUUUUGCCAGCUUAGUGCACCUGACUCUGGAUAUAUUGUCCCGUUUCAUACAAAUCAACCCUGCCCAUCGUGAACACGAAAGAGGACCAAACCACCUCGGUCACAGACAUGCUUAUGUACUAUUCAUAUAAAACAUGCCUUUAGGUCUGGAAAGCUGUCCAGAACCCAUUGUCGAAUGCAUUGUUCAGCUGCUAGACCUGGACGAUAUUCGCAAUCUUCGCAUUACCUGCAAAUCACUUGCCUUGAAAUCCUCACAGUAUCAUUUCAGGACCUUUUUUCGUUCGAAGCAUGUCAAUGUCACGGUUGAUGCUCUACGGACAUUCGCUGAGGGUAUUGAAGCUGGGGGUCUUCGAUGUCUAAUCCAGUACCUAUAUCUUGUUGGUAUCGAUAAGGAAUGCGAAGGCCGGAAACCAGGGAGGCAAAGUGAUUGGCAAAAAGAAGAAACGCAAAGGACGCAAGAAGUCAAUCUACUUAGUCAAGCAUUCAACGGGCUGGCAAAAUACAGCAAGAACGGAAGUCUUCGGUUGCUUACGCUACGAGUAGCCAUUGUCCGUAACGGCGAAGAAACGACCUUACCUGCCGAAUCAGGGCCUUUAGUCCCCUUGCAGAAGAGUGUGUGGCUAUGCACAAUGCGCACGUUUGACACGAUUGUAUCUGCAUUAGCCGCGAGCAACUUGCGCAUUGACGGCCUCAACAUCUUCAGCGAACUGGAUAUACAGCCUACUAGCCUGGCCUACGAUCAAAUCAAUACAAUCGACUGGAAUGACUCUGCUUUUGCCAAGUCUUUGGCAACUCUAAGGUCAUUAUCAAUAAGCCUCUCCACUCGGGUUUCCGAGUUUCGCAGAGCUCUACAAGAGAACAAAGAGGACGUGGGGCGAUCCUCCAUGAAGGAUGUGGCUGAGGUACAAGCAGAAGCUGGAGAUGAAAAUGACUUUGUCGGCCUUUCAAGACUUCUUCGGCUAUGCAACCAACUUGAAAACUUGGAAGUAGAUUAUCUUCGGAUCCCAAAGGGUUAUUCGGCCCCAGUCGGUCAUUUCUACUACGAAACCAUUCUACAGCGCAUGGUCGAACUUGAUACGCUGCCCAUCCUAAAGCGUUGUAAAUUUUCUGGGAUUUCUGCCAAAGAGACGGAUCUGCUUGGAUUUAUUCAGCGGACACGAGUCCGUGAGCUAUCACUCGAGAAGUCUAUACUAUGUAAAGGAACAUUUCGGUCAAUCUUCGAUUACUGUACCAGCAGGGCGGCAAGUAUGACGAAGCUACAAUUUGAUACUUUAUAUGAGAUUUCAUAUGAGAGGCCUCGUCGCGAAAAGAUGAUUUUCUUUGCCGGUGGCGGAAAGUCUCGAAUUGGUUUUCCUUCCGCAUCCGCUACUGAAUGGCUGGACCAAGAAGGGGAGAGUGUUAGGACUUCUAUCACUUAUUAUACCUCACCCCGAACGCCGAUCGACAAUCCUUGGAACCCAGAAUGGAGGAGGUUCAGGCGCGCUGAAGAUGGGCGCAUGGUUGUAUAGGAUCGACUUUUGUUCGGUUGUUCUUUUCCGUGAUCGAAGUCUUAGGUUGAAGGUAUGUUGCACCGCACAGCUCAUUGAAGCUGUCAUUGUUCUAACCAUGUCAAAUAAAUAGCCCCUGUCAGUCAUUGUGAAUAAUUGCGAGUACACUCCCUCACAGCCUAAGCAAAGAAUCUAACUUUAAAAUGUACUAUUCCCACCUGGCAUGCUCGUAUACAUAUACAAUACAGGGUUAAAAACCCUGUUGCCCAGGAAUCUAUUAUAUGAAUUCGACAACGCACCGGUGACAUACCUAGAAUUCAUGCAUGGAGCCCUUUCCCAAAUAUUCAC